AUGGUGCAUAUCGUUCGCCAUGGCGAGACAAACUCAAACUUGAAUCAUAUAUUGCAGGGUCAUAUAGAUACAAAAUUAAACAAAGUUGGUCGAGAACAAGCAGAUUUGGUCGGAAGACGAUUGCGAAAAAUGAAAUUCGAUCAUAUUUAUUCAAGUGAUUUGUCGAGGGCAAAAAAGACUGCAGAAGCAAUAGCAAAACAUCAUCCUAAUAUACCUUUCUCGGUUGACAUGAGAUUACGUGAAAAGGAUAUAGGCAGGCUAAGCGGUCUCUCAAUAUACGAAGCACUCGAUCUAAUAAAAAACGAAGGCUCACAAUGGGAAGAUUAUGGUGAAUCAGAUGAAGACUUCACCGACAAUGUCAUAUCAUUCUUCGACGAAAUAAUUGAUAAACACCUACCAGACACUCAAGAUCCCGAAUCGAUUGAACACCCGAAAAAGGAUACACACAUACUACUAGUGACACACGGUGGCACGAUCAAUAAAUUCGUGCGCGAGCAUAUGAUACACGACCUAGGGUUCUUGGUGAAUGAUUAUUUGAGUAUAAGACAUAAAGCUAGGAAUACGAGUGUUACGAAGAUUGUAGUGCGUCGCGUAAUUAUUGGAAGUGGUAGCAGGUGUGUUAGUAGAAGAGGUAGUGGUAUUGAUACUACAAGUAGUAGCGGUGGUGCUACAACUCCAUCCUCUGAGAAAAGUGAAGCUUCGACUAUCGAGAUUAUGAGAGAUGUUCAACGAAAACCUCGAUUAGAAG